AUGUUGUUCUUUCCACCAUUCCCUUCUUCCUCUUUUACCCACUCCCCCUUCCCACCACUUCCCCUUACAUAUAUCCUUCUUACUUUCCUCUUCUUUCUACCACCACCCCCUUACACGUUUUCCUCCUAUUCACUUCUUUAUACCACUCCCCCUUACACUUUAUUCUCUUACUCUUUCCUUUCCGCCAUUCCUUUCUUCCCCCUUUACCCACUCCUCCUUCUCACCACUUCCCCUUACAUAUAUCUUUUCUACUUUCCUCUUCUUUCUACCACUACUUUACAUGUUUUCCUCCUACUCUCUUCUUUGUACCACUCCCCCUUACACUUUUUCUCUUACUCUUUCUUUUUCACCAUCCCCUUCUUCCCCUUUUACCCACUCCUCCUUCUCACCACUUCCCCUUACAUAUAUCUUUUCUACUCUCCUCUUCUUUCUACCACUACUCCCUUACAUGUUUUUCUCUUACUCUCUUCUUUAUACCACUCCUCCUUACACUUUUUUUCUUACUCUCUCCUCAUUUUAUUACUCCCCAUUACCCUUUUUUCUCCUACUCUCUUCUUCUUUCUACCACUCCCUCUUACCUUUUUCCAUUCUUCCCUUCUUUCUUUUUGA